AUGCAGCCAUUUGCCGCGCCUUCAGGAAAAAACUCACAGCGGGAGAUUGUGGACCGCAUCCACCAGGCUAGCGCUGGAAUGCCUGAUACCUUCAAUGCGCAACUUGCAUCAAGCCUAAAUGUUGGAAUUCAGCAACUCAGCCCUGUUAUGCUUGGCAUGGACUAUAACGUACGCUGGGACGGAACUCAAGAAGAUGAGAAACAAUGCACCCCCGCCACCGUUGAGACGCGCAGCAGAGAGAAGGCAUUCCCCUGUACCCGGGUCGAUUCCGUCGAAAGCUUCCGCGACCACGGCGCCCGCCCACCUAAAGUAAACACAUCUACAGCGUUCACAAUCCGGAGCCCGGAAACUCACCCCAACGAAGAGUGCGAUGGGACCGAGAUGGACACCGCGCCCAAUCCUACGAACGGCACGUUGCAAGGGGCACAACAGUCCAUCGUCGAACUCAAUCCUGGGGACAAGGGAUUUGGGCAAAAGUGA